CUAGCAACAUCUGGGGCAAAAGUAAAUCCAGGGCUAGUCCAAUGAUUACAGGUGCGGUUUCUCUCGGUGUGGAUUUGGGUUUUGGGCACGUGGAGAAAAAAGAAGAACCCUUGACCGCGCAUUUCGUUUCGUUUUUGCUGCUAUUGGCCCAGUUUCCGCAGUCUACUUUGCACAUUCC